AUGUGGUCACAUCUUAGAGAUAAUUCUCAAACAUUAUUAUUUUUAAUUCCAUCUACCAUAGCCAUUGCUGGAUUAUUAUGGAGAACAAUAAAACGAUAUCCUUCGAUAAUUAUUAUGCAAUCAACGAAAGAAAAUGAUUUUCUCAUUAAUCAAUGUCCAUCAUUUGCCCAAUAUCGUCCAACACCUUGGAUAUUUAGUGGGCAUUUAAUGACAAUAUUGGGUGUUUUCUUUCGUCCAUUACCUACAUUAUCGUUUGAACGUAUAUUACUAAAAGUUGAUAAUACCGGUGGAACAAUUGCAAUGGAUUGGCAUUCAAGACCAUAUCAUCGUCAACCUAUUUUAUUAAUUCUGCAUGGACUUACCGGUGGUUCUGACAAUGAAUAUGUUCGUUGGAUGAUUUUAGCUGCUAGUAAAAAAUUUAAUUUAUGUUGUGUUGUUUCACAUGCACGUGGAUGUGGUAAAUCAAAAUUAACAACAGCAAAAUCAUUUUGUGCUGCAAAUACAGAUGAUGUACGUGCAUCAGUAAAAUACAUUCGUUCUAUUAUUGGAGAAGAAACUCCAAUAUUUGCUAUUGGUUAUUCAUUAGGUGCCGGUAUUCUAACAAAAUAUCUCGGUGAAGAAGGAACUCAAUGUUCAAUACAAGGUGCAAUUAUCUGUUGUGCAAGUUUUAAUAUGCAUUUAUCUACAAGUAAUUUAGAACAAUGGUUAAAUACGCGUGUAUAUAAUCGUAGUUUAACAAAUAAUUUAAUAAGAUAUUUACAACGACAUGAAGAACAUUUUAUAAAACCAGAUUCAAAUAUAAAUUUUGAUCUCAGUCAUGCUUAUCAAUCAAAAACAGUACGUGAAUUUGAUAAACGUGUUAUUGUACCAAUAUUUGGUUUUCGUGAUGUUGAACAUUAUUAUACUGAAGCAUCAUCAAAUAAAUGGUUAAAAUAUAUACGUAUACCAACACUUGUUUUGAGUGCUAUAGAUGAUCCAAUAUGUCCUAUUGAUGGUUUACCGGUUGAAGAUGUUUUACAAAAUCCAU